AAGUUCGUGCUGUAAUGUUCUAAGAAUAGCAUCGCCGUCGCGCAGCGUCAAAAUUCAAAAUACCAAUCGAGAAAAGAUGUGUAGAUGUAGAGGGAGAGCGUGGAACGACAGCCGAAAAUCCGGUCCCGGUGAAAAUCGGUCGAGUUAGUCCAACCUGUAACGCGGUACAUUUCGUGACACGGCAAUUCACGGCGUUCGUCCGUCGGUACAAAAAUGUGCCCGAAACCCCGUUGAAUCGACGCAGACGGCAAUUCCAGGUUGAAAGUAAAAGAAAAAGAGAAGUAAAAAAGCUAAAAGUGUUUUCAAAGUGAACAAUAUAUUUUGCAGUGUCUGCCUAGGGCUGAAAAGGAGAAAAUAAAAGGUGAAUGAAAAAAGUGAAAAGUGACAACCGGGAAAGGGAAAAUUUUUCCUCUGUCAGUGAAUAAAAGCGGAACCGGAAAAGUGAGCUUCCGCCGUGCAAGGCAAGCGGAACGAAACGAAAGCUAUAAACAGCUGAAUCGGAACCUACAACAACAGCAACUGCAAAAAUAACGGAAACAACAACAAAUCCCGCCGAAAAAAGAAAGCUACCCAUUUAGGCAAAACAGAAAAUGCUAACCUUGAAGAAAAGAUUUCCAUCGCUGCAGAGCCUUGGCUCUGAUGGAAACACCUCGUUUCUGCGCGCAGCUAGAGCAGGCAAUCUAGAAAAAGUUUUAGAGCAUCUUAAAAAUAACAUCGACAUCAACACUUGCAAUGCGAAUGGCUUGAACGCGCUCCACCUUGCAUCGAAGGAUGGGCACGUGGCCGUGGUUACGGAGCUGUUGGCCCGCGGAGCCACCGUAGAUGCGGCCACCAAGAAGGGUAACACCGCACUGCACAUCGCUUCGUUGGCCGGCCAGGAGGAUGUAGUUAAGCUGCUAAUCCAAAAUCAGGCUUCCGUUAAUGUGCAAUCGCAGAAUGGCUUCACGCCGCUCUAUAUGGCCGCCCAGGAAAACCACGAUUCGGUGGUGCGUUUGCUGCUUUCGAAUGGGGCCAACCAGAGUUUGGCUACCGAGGAUGGCUUCACGCCCCUGGCCGUUGCCAUGCAGCAGGGUCAUGAUAAGGUAGUUGCUGUGCUGCUAGAAAGCGACACUCGCGGCAAGGUUCGACUUCCGGCGUUGCACAUCGCAGCAAAGAAGGAUGACGUCAAGGCAGCUACGCUACUACUUGAGAAUGAUCAUAAUCCGGAUGUUACAUCCAAGUCCGGUUUUACUCCGCUUCACAUCGCAUCGCACUACGGCAACGAAGCUAUGGCCAACCUGUUGAUCCAAAAGGGAGCGGAUGUUAACUACGCUGCUAAGCACAAUAUUAGUCCAUUGCACGUUGCUGCCAAGUGGGGUAAAACCAAUAUGGUUGCCCUGCUGCUCGAGAAAGGCGCCAACAUCGAAAGCAAGACUCGUGACGGGUUAACACCGCUGCAUUGUGCUGCCCGUUCCGGUCAUGAACAAGUCGUAGAUAUGUUGUUGGAACGUGGCGCUCCAAUCAGCGCCAAAACCAAGAACGGUCUGGCACCGUUGCACAUGGCUGCCCAAGGAGAGCAUGUCGAUGCUGCACGGAUCCUGCUUUAUCACCGGGCCCCAGUCGAUGAGGUCACCGUAGAUUAUUUGACGGCUCUGCACGUUGCUGCUCACUGCGGGCACGUUAGGGUUGCCAAGCUGCUGUUGGAUCGCAAUGCCGAUGCAAACGCUCGGGCUCUGAACGGAUUUACGCCGUUGCAUAUUGCUUGCAAGAAGAACCGUAUCAAGGUCGUAGAGUUGCUUCUCAAGCAUGGUGCCAGCAUUAGCGCUACCACUGAGAGUGGCUUGACUCCGCUGCAUGUCGCCUCAUUUAUGGGCUGUAUGAACAUUGUCAUCUAUUUGCUGCAACAUGACGCCAGUCCGGAUGUGCCGACUGUGCGUGGAGAGACCCCAUUACAUCUUGCGGCUAGAGCUAAUCAGACCGACAUCAUCCGCAUCUUGCUCCGGAACGGAGCCCAGGUCGAUGCUCGGGCCCGGGAACAGCAAACGCCACUGCACAUCGCCUCAAGGCUCGGAAACAUCGACAUCGUGAUGCUGCUGCUGCAACACGGAGCCCAGGUCGACGCCGUCACCAAGGACAUGUACACCGCACUGCACAUCGCCGCCAAGGAGGGCCAGGACGAGGUAAAGAAUUUGGUCGCCAAAAAACUGAUGGACCACAUCGAUACCGUCUAUCUGAUGCAACUGUUCUGGAUAAGGCACCAGGAGUACUUUAUCUGAGAGGGUUUUUUUUUAUUUUACGAAGAGUGUUAGGUUUUAAGAGAAUAACGAAACGAUUUUGACGAAACUGUUACGACCUGCGCUAACCUUUCAAGAAAGGGGAAAACGACAGGAUUAACCCAAACUCAAACAACACAACCUACGCACAAAACAACACACAUACACACUAGCAGGAGUAGAACUUUUUGCUUAGGUGAUCUCUGACGGAUUGUUCGCAUUUUCGGUGCUUGGAAGAGACAAUAAUGUUUAGUUCUGUUAACCCAUUUAUUACGAAUAAAUGUAUGAGUUACCACCUACGA